AUGGCUUUUAAAUUCAUCCUUUUCGCUUCCUUCGUGGCCUACGCCAGUGCCGGCUUUGUGCCCGUGGUACCAGUGGCAAGGACCGUAGUCACCCAAACCGUUGAAGAUUACGACCAUCACCCCCAAUACUCGUUCAAUUAUGGAGUUUCCGAUUCUUUGAGCGGCGACCACAAGAGCCAGCACGAGACCCGCGACGGCGAUAAGGUCACCGGCAGCUAUUCCCUCAUCGACGCCGAUGGCACCAAACGCAUCGUCGACUACACGGCCGACGACGUCAACGGAUUCAACGCCGUCGUCCGCAAGGAGCCCCUCGCUGUCGCUGCCCCAGUUGUCAAAACCGUCGCCGCUGUCGCCCCAGCAGCUACCUACGCUGCAGCACCAGCUUAUGCUUACCGAGCUGCCGCCGCUCCGGUCACGUCUUACUCUGCUCCAGCUGUGUACAAUACCUACGCUGCUCAACCUUUGACUUAUGUAGCCCAAAAUGUCCCAAUCUACAACACUUAUGCCGCCUCACCUCUCAAAUACUACCACUAA